CUCCCAUCACAGCAUCACCAUCCCAUCCAGACAACAGAGGAGACAAUACUACAGCACUGACACCUUGUCUCGGUCUCAGUCUCUUUACUCGCUCUCAGAAUUCCCACUAUACCAUCCAGACGUCUCCGGACAUCUGCAGCCUUCCGAUCAUGCUGCCUUAAUCGACGCUAUUGGGCUCAAAAGCGCAGUCGCAAUCAAAAACAUACUCAAGAUUUCAACCUAGAUCCUCAGCCUAGAGGCGUCAUUUCACCAUGGCGACCACUAGUUCCAUGUUCAUGUACAGCUUGACUAUACAGUCACCUUCGGCCAUCACUCAAGCUGUUCUGGGUCAAUUCGCCGGUACAAAAGAACAACAGAUCAUCACAGCUUCUGGUUCCAAACUCACCAUCCACAGACCCGAUCCCACCCAGGGCAAGAUCUCCCCAAUCUUUACCCAAGACUGUUUCGGCAUAAUCAGAACCCUCGCCGCUUUUCGACUUGCCGGUAGUAGCAAAGACUACCUCAUUGUUGGAUCCGACUCUGGGCGCAUUACCAUCCUCGAGUAUCUACGAGACCAAAACCGUUUCCACCGAGUCCAUCUCGAGACUUUUGGCAAGUCCGGCAUCCGCAGAGUCAUUCCAGGCCAAUAUCUGGCUGUAGAUCCCAAAGGAAGAGCAUGUCUCAUCGCCUCGGUGGAGAAGAACAAGCUAGUCUACGUCUUGAACAGGAAUGCUCAAGCCGAGCUCACCAUAUCCUCCCCCCUGGAGGCUCACAAACCUCAGACUCUAGUCUUUGACUGCGUUGCCCUCGAUGUCGGCUAUGAGAAUCCCAUCUUCGCUGCCUUAGAGGUCGACUAUACCGAGGUUGACCAGGAUCCUAGCGGACAAGCUAUGGAAGAAGUGGAAAAACUUCUCGUCUUCUACGAACUUGAUCUAGGACUCAACCAUGUUGUCCGGAAGUGGGCUGAGCCUGUUGCCCGAGAUGCCUCAAAAUUAUUUCAGAUCCCAGGAGGCUCUGAUGGUCCCAGCGGUGUUCUCGUCUGUUCCGAGGACAACAUCACCUAUCGACACUCAAACCAAGACGCUUUCCGUGUGCCUAUUCCCCGGAGAAGAGGUGUCCUCGAAAAUCCGGAUCGGAAGCGUCACAUUGUGGCUGGUGUCAUGCACAAGAUGAAGGGCCAGUUCUUUCUCCUUCUACAAACUGAGGAUGGCGACCUCUUCAAGCUCACCAUAGAAAUGGUUGAGGACGACAACGGUCAGCCAACUGGAGAAGUCAAAUCUUUGAAGAUCAAGUACUUCGACACCGUUGCCGUUGCCAACAGCCUACAUAUCUUGAAGAGUGGUUUUCUUUUUGUCACAGCCGAGAACGGCAAUCAUCAAUUUUACCAAUUUGAAAAGCUAGGAGACGACGAUGAAGAAACAGAAUUCAGCAGCGACGACUAUUCAGCCGAUCCAACAGAGCAUUACGAGCCAGCCUAUUUCCACCCGCGCCCCCUUUCUAAUCUCAACCUCACUCAAAGUGUUGAAUCAGCCAACCCCCUCAUGGAUUGCAAAGUAGUCAAUCUUUUGGACGACGAUGCUCCUCAAAUAUAUUCUGUGUGCGGUGCCGGAGCACGGAGCAGUUUCAAAACUCUCAAACAUGGCUUGUCAGUGACAGAAAUCGUCGAGUCAGAACUUCCAGAUCGUCCCGAGGCGGUAUGGACCACCAAACUUACUCACGACGAUCAGUAUGAUGCCUACAUUGUCCUCUCCUUCAGAAGUGGAACUCUCGUUCUGAGCAUCGGCGAGACCGUCGAGGAGGUCACAGAUACAGGCUUCUUGUCAGGGGCCCCUACUUUGGCUGUUCAGCAACUCGGGGAAGACAGCCUAGUCCAGGUUCACCCCAAAGGUAUACGUCAUAUUCGAGCCGAUAAAAGGGUGAAUGAAUGGCCUGCUCCCCAGCACCGUUCAAUCGUUGCGGCUUCCACCAAUGAGCGGCAGAUAGCCGUCGCGCUAAGCUCUGGCGAAAUUGUCUAUUUUGAGCUUGACACAGAUGGUUCUCUCGCUGAAUACGAAGAGCGGACAGAAAUGAACGGCACCGUCACUUGUCUCAGUCUCGGAGAUGUCCCAGAAGGUCGAGUGCGAAGCUCAUUCCUUGCUGUCGGCUGCGAUGAUUCGACCGUUCGAAUUCUAAGUCUCGACCCCAACUCGACUCUCGAGAGCAAGUCGGUGCAGGCACUGACGUCCGCGCCCUCAUCAUUGUCAAUUAAUACCAUGCCUGAUUCUACCUCGGGCGCAAACACUCUGUACCUUCACAUCGGUCUUUAUUCUGGUGUGUAUCUGCGAACCGUCCUGGAUGAGAUAACAGGAGAAUUGUCCGACACUCGAUCUCGAUUUCUUGGCUUGAAGCCUGCCAAACUUUUCAAAGUUUCUGUCUGCGGGCAAUCUGCUGUGAUGGCAGUCAGCUCACGCGCCUGGCUGGGGUACACCGACACCCAAACAAAUGGCUUCAUGCUAACACCCCUCGACUACGUCGGCCUGCAGUUUGUGUGGAACUUUACAAGUGAGCAAUGCCCCGAGGGGAUGGUGGGGAUCCAGGGUCAGAAUCUAAGGAUAUUUACGAUCGAAGACGUUUCACGAAAUUUGCUUCAAGAAAACAUCCCCUUACCAUAUACGCCACGAAAGUUUGUCAAACAUCCCGACCAACCACUCUUUUACGUCAUCGAGGCCGACAACAAUGUUCUUGCCCCAUCAACAAGGACUAAACUACUUAUGGAAUCCACGGCUGUCAAUGGCGACGCCGUGGUUCUACCCCCCGAAGACUUUGGGUACCCGAGAGGGACCGGUCACUGGGCUUCGUGCAUUCAAGUCAUUGACCCCAUCACCACGAAGUCUGUCGUUUUCACCCUGGAAUUAGAAGACAACGAAUGCGCUACCAGUAUUGCCAUCGCUCCCUUUUCUGGACAAGACGACGAAUCAUUCCUUGUCGUAGGGACGGCCAAGGAUCUCGUGGUCAGUCCCCGAAGCUUUUCGGCAGGCUUCAUCCAUGUUUAUCGAUUCCACGAGGAUGGGAAAGAGCUGGAAUUCAUCCACAAGACCAAGGUUGAACAUCCGCCCACGGCUUUACUUGGUUUCCAGGGUCGUCUACUCGCCGGUGUGGGACCUGACCUCCGAAUAUACGACCUAGGGAUGAAGCAAAUGCUUCGAAAAUGUCAAGUGCAGGCAAGUCCCAAUCUCAUCGUGGGCCUACAAACUCAAGGAAGCCGGAUUAUUGUUAGCGACAUCCAGGACAGCAUCACCUAUGUGGUGUACAAAUUCCAGGAAAACAAACUGAUACCAUUCGCGGACGAUACGAUCGCCCGGUGGACGACGUGUGCAACCAUGGUGGAUUAUGAAACAGUCGCGGGAGGAGACAAGUUUGGUAACAUAUGGCUUUUACGUUGUCCACCAAAAACAUCGGAAGAGGCGGACGAAGAUGGUUCUGGGGCACAUCUAACACAUGAACGACAAUAUCUUAAUGGGGCGCCAAACCGAUUAAGCCUGAUGACGCACUUCUUCCCCGGUGACAUCCCAACCAGUAUUCAAAAGACGAACCUAGUGGCUGGUGGACGUGAUCUGGUUUUCUGGACGGGGUACCAGGGCACACUGGGCAUCUUUGUGCCCUUCCUCGGCCGCGAAGAUGUGGACUUUUUCCAAUCAUUGGAAAUGCAGCUCGCAUCUAGCAACGGGAACCCACCUCUACUGGGAAGAGACCACCUGAUCUACCGGUCGUACUAUGCACCGACCAAAGGCAUGAUUGACGGUGACCUGUGCGAAACGUUCUUCCUCCUUCCCAACGACAAGAAGCUCCAGAUUGCCGGGGAACUGGAUCGAUCAGUGCGAGAAAUCGAACGAAAGCUAUCCGAUAUGAGAACACGGGUGGCGUACUAAGACAGAGCAGGAAUGAAUGAUACCCCUCGGAAAAGGAAAGGGAUAGGGAAAAGUGUAUGAGCUACUUGUAUAUGAAGAAGUUGCACUAUUUCUCCAGGCCAGCGCGUCCAUGCGCGCCAGCCUCGUUUCUAUCCCCCAGGAUCCUACUGUCUUGUGCUUUGAUUUCCUUUGAUGUCCCUUCUUAUCCUCCCCUCUGCUUUCGAAGUUUUCCACCCCGGUUUGACUCUCUGAAAAACGUCUCUUGCCUCGCUCGAUCUCUCUGUCAUCCAUUGACACCAUGGAUUGAUCUAGAGCUGGAUGCACAACUCCAUCUGGAGUGUUGUACGAGACAAGAACAAAAGGUGGAGAUAUGGGAUAUAUCUGUUUUUGGAUGGUUCUUGCCUCCAUCUUGUCGCCGAUCUUUGAGUACGAUUUCAUCGAGUCUCGGCCUAUACGGGCUGGAGAAUUGUGGUGGAUUAUUGUAAUUUAUGCGGCGGGACAAUCGUAGGGUUGGAUCGCUUCUAAUCAGGGUCAAUCGUGAUGAUUACCUCUGUCUCCUUGGAGAGGAAUAUAUAUAUCUGGUGAUGCUCAUGAUCCUGUAUCAUAUUAUGGCAUCUUGCCGGAUAAUUGAUUACUACUUAGGCCAUGCUUGGGCAUACCUAGGUACAAUUAUAUGUACAAUGUACAAUCAUCCACGAGGCAUAAACACAUCUCCC